AUGUUCCAAGCGGAGAAGGCCGCAGCCACCGAGUUCCGCGAUGCCGAUGGCUAUGACCUUGUGGGCGCUUGCUGUGCUUUGGAGACCUGCGGCCUACGGGACUUCCUGCCCUUCGUUUGCCGUUUCUGCGGGAAGAAAUUCUGCCAAGACCACGCGGACGCCGCGAAGCACGACUGCCACGCACUGGUGGAGUCCAAAGGUGUUCUGGCGACCAGCUGCCCCCGCUGUGGACAGACGGUGAAGUGGAAGGACGGUGAAAGCUCAGAGGAGCAAGCAUUGCAGCAACACGCCUGUGCGGCGUCCCCCAAAGCGGCUGCUGAGAUUUGCCCAGCGAAGGGCUGCAAGAGCAAGUUGACUGCGAUGAACUCCGUCGUUUGCGGAGAGUGCAAGACCAAGGUUUGCCUGAAGCACCGUUUCGAGGACCAACAUCCCUGCCGUGAGAGCAAGGCUGAGUGGUUGUCCAAGUUGGACGACCUUCUGGGGCUCGGGCACUUUGGGGACGACCACUGCGCCGUUUGGCACUGGCGUUCCGUGGUGUCGGCGCCACAGCUGCUAGAGCUGAAGAGUCGCCUGGGCGGCACAGAGGAGCAGAAGGCCGUUUGCCUACAGACCCUGCGUGCCUUGGUGCGGCACUGUCGUCGCUUGCUGUCCAACGUCCAGAAGGACCCCACGAACGCCAAGUACCGCCAGGACUUCAUGAAAGCCUUAGGCUUCGAAGAGCAGGGCGAGAUCCUCCAGCUGCCUGAGGGCGUCUCACUGAAACGCAUUGACGCACUGCUAUCUAUUUGCUGGCGGGAGAAGUGGCCGGCCAGCUUCAGCUUCAACUGCCUGCAAUACAAGAACCUCCACGUGGCGGCUUUCAGCCAGAAGAUUACGCCCCCCUUGGUCUGCGCAGAGGCAGAGGGGUUGAUUCGUUUGAUUCGGCAGUAUGAAGAACAGCUCGGGAAACUUCCAUUUCUGCGGACAGGAGCAGUCACAGAGGAAGUCGGGAAAUUGACAAAACAACUCGACAACAUCCGGUCUGCUAUGAGUGAAGUAAUGAGACUCUGCCCAGAGAACUCCGAUGUAAACUCAUCGCAGAUGCAUAGUGAGACACGGGAGACCACUGCAUCCAAUCAAAGUGCCGCUUCAAUGAAGGUUGCAGUCAAACUCAUGCAUUGGCUUCAAGGCAGGGGCUAUCCAAGAAAAGACAAAGAAUUUGAUCGCCUGCCAGACUUUCUUGACUUGCAUGACCUUGGAGAAGCUUUGCUUUGUGAACUCAAUUCAAUGGUUGUUGACUUCGACUUGACACUGGAUGGCACCAUUCUUCAGAAUGAAAACACCAAGCAGUCUGACUUUAUGAAGAAACUCUUGGAGAUCAAUGAGAAAAGUGGGCACCAGCAAGUCAGAGUGAUCAGGGAGCCAUUGAAAGAACUGGAAAGUGAUCUGACUGAAUUCUGGAAUGCUGUGGAAGCGGGGGAGGAUGCCUCGGACGAGCAGCGUGCCCAGAGUUCUCGUUUCGAAGAAACCAUGUUUGAUCACCACUAUCAAGUGGCUACGAACCCAGACUUGAGAAGAACACAUUUGAUUUCGGAGAGAUCAAUGGAAGCAAAGGUUCAUGUGUUCAACGAGCUCACCUUUAAGAAGGGGAAACUUCUCAAGGAGUCCCGAGAUGAGAUGCAAAGGAAGUUCCACGUUAAUAUCCGUGGACAAAAAUGCUAUCAACCUCAUGCAGUGGUUUUCUUCGAGAUUUCAGUCCAGAAAGCUCAUGAGAGAAUCAAAGAGCGUAAUCGUCCAGGCGAAGAAUAUAUCACCCAGGACUAUUUGACGGACAUUGAAGCCAAGUAUGCCGCCCUCUACCCAUCUUCUGCAGCCAAUGUCAUCCGACUUGACUCAGAUCAGCCAAUGGAAGACCUUCUCGUUGCUGUUCAGAGCGAGUUGCCCAAAUUGCUGAAGAAGCAACAAUGUGCAUCAGACGAAGAGAUUGACAGUUUCACACAGUUCUUCCAAGAUGCGUGUCUUCUCAGCGCCCGUCUUGGUCGCCCCCCGUGGCGUGCCGAAGGCUGCGAGUCCGGUGCCGCAGGCGUUCUGCCGGUGGGCGGAGGAGGUUUGGGUGUGGCUUACCCACGACUGGCAGGCAUCGAUACCAACGCCUGUUCCUUGGCACACCACAGGCGCUUGCUGUGCAGCGCCGGCAGCGGCCUCGGCGCCGCCUGGGCACCAGGCAGUGGCCCAAGGGCUGAAGCCAGCCAUUUGCUGCUGCUUCGACAUGGCACGCCCGUGCCGGAAGAGGAGAAUCCGGAGCGGCCGCUCUCGGAGCAGGGCCGAAGAGAAGCAGAGGACGUGGCAAAGAAGGUCACCAGCUACAUGUCUUCCACCGAGGGCCCAAUCUUCCUGGGCCACAGCGGCAAGCUCCGCGCCCAAGAAACUGCGGAGUCCGUGGCAUCCGCCCUGCGCGCGGCGGGGCGAGAGGUGAUCUGCGAGGAGGUGAGUGGAAUUAACCCAAAAGAUGACCCAACAGCGGCCAUGGAGCUGUUAUCUUCACCCAAAGCAAAGGUGAUAGUCUUAGUAGGGCACCUGCCCUUCAUGGGCCAAUUCGCCGCUGCGGUGCUGCAGUCCCCAGCGGCGGCCGGACGCCUGGGAGGCCUCUUUCAUCCAGCGUCAGGCCUGGCGCUGAAGCGAAGCGAUGCGAGCUGGCAGGAGGAUGGAGAACUGGCGGCGAGCCCGUAG